AUGGCAAAAGGAGACCCUAAGGUCAUUCAAAAGACAAUGUCAGAGAGAGUGCCUGAUUGUUUACAAAUCGUCAAAAAUGUGAUCCAGCAUGCAUAUAUGCCAAGUUUGUCAUGGGGACCCCUACGAUUCAGAUGCCCUUGGGAUCUUCUUUUUGGUAAAGUCUCGAAUGGUACAAUAACCGUCGCAGGUGACGCGAUGCACCCAAUGACACCAGACCUUGGACAAGGUGGUUGUUCGUCAUUAGAAGAUGCAGUGGUGUUGGGACGCCGUAUAGGAAAUUCAUAUAUCAGGAAUGGUGGAAUGUUGUUGCAAGAGGAUUUAGAAGUCGAGAUAGGAAUGUAUGUUGAAGAGAGAAGACUUCGAACUGCUGGUUUGAUUACUGGUUCAUUCAUUUCCGGAUGGGUUCAACAAGGUGGCGGCGGUGUUGGUAUAAUCUCAUCAUCAAAAGUUAUAGGCGGCUUGACGAAAAUUCUUCGAGAUAAGGUAUUUUAUAAGGAGUUCGGCCGGCUAAGUGGUUUGGUUCAAUAUGAUUGUGGAAAGUUGCCUGCCGGAUUAACUUCCUCUGAGAAUUAA